CUGACUGCAAAAAACCUUUAAAGCUAAGCUUUUUGCCCUCUUCAUCAACUGGCAAUGGAGCUAUUCAGUCGUGGAAAGGCUCGCAAUAAAGCGAGUCUACUUCCUGAACCUCAUCAGACUCUUCAACAUGUCACUCCCUCUAUACGGUCACAUUCACUUCCACCUUCUAUGCCGUUGGAUGCUCCAACGUCACCAGGAGAUACUUCAUCGUUCAAAGGUCUACCUGAUGAGAACGGGCAAUUUUCCACAGUCCGCCCAUCUGAUCAAGAGGUUGAGGAGUUGUUUGAAAAAAUGCUUACAAGAAGAGGAAUACAUGAUCUCGGAGCACGGAGUGUUAUGUUAUCAUUUUCUGCAGAUAAAAAGUGGUUAAUGGUGUCGCAAGAUAAACAAGCCGAUGCAAAUGUAACUAUCCGACCAACCGCUUCUAUAUCAACAUCUUCGAGGAAGUCGGCUUCUGAAAUCAAAGAGCUGGACAAAGGAACUCCUGAAUACUACAUCAAGCAGUUUUUAGAACCUGACUUUCGGGGAAUUAACCCAAAGAUCCUGGCGCAUCUAGCGGUCAGUCUGAGAACCAUGCCUCUAAGCUGGGUUCGCACUUUUAUUGAGGCUCGCGGACUUCAAGUGAUAACCAAUGUGCUGGCAAAUUUGAACAAAAGGCAGAUAAAGAGAGAAACAGAUUUGCAAAUGGAAAUCGAAAUUAUUAAGUGCUUCAAGUCACUUUUGAACAACAGGUGGGGUGCUCGCGAAGUACUCAUGAAUCCACAAUGCAUAUACAACUGUAUGCAAUCUCUACUAUCACCGCCGAUCCAAACAAGGAAGUUGGUGUGCGAAGUUCUUGUAUUUAUGUGCUACUGCGAGGUUCCAUCUGGUCAAGAGAUUGUAUUGCGAGGGUUAGAGCAAUUGCGGAACACAACCAGAGACUUUGGACGCUUUGAUCCAUGGUUCAAACUAUUAGAGACAACCAUUGAUGGAAGAGGUAGAAUGGGCAGUCUAGUCGGUGCCAGCGACGAUUUUCGAAAGUUGGGUAUGCAAGGAACAGCAGAUAACCAUCUAACGGAAUAUACGAUAUCCAACCUCAUGCUUAUCAACUCCGUCAUCACUGUUGUGGAAGAUGUGGACAUCAGAGUACAUAUACGCAAUCAAAUGAACGCAUGUGGUCUUCAGCGAAUAUUGGACAAGAUGGCCGAGUUCAACAAUGAUCAAGUCACUCGGCAUAUCAACAACUUCCACCAAAUGGCUGAUAACGACAACGAAGAAAUCAUGGAAAUGUAUAACGAGCAAAUGAUCAACAACAUGAGCGAUCCAAGGGAUGUGUUUGAAUGCAUUUUGUCAAGCGUAGAAGGAACUCGUAGCUACGAUUUUUUCCUCAGUGCCAUACAGCAUUUACUACUGAUCAGGGAUGGAGUUGAGGAUAGAGCACGUUAUUUCCAACUCAUCGACAAAGUAAUCACGCAAAUCGUCUUAGAUCGCAAAGGUCUUGCGGAGGACAUCUCAUCUGGCUAUGGCAUGUCAGUAGUGGAGCUUGUCGAGAAGUUUACAGAAAAGGAUCAAGUGCAGAAGGCCCUGCAAGAAGCAAAGGAAUCGAGAGAGUUGUAUGAGAAUACCCUCAAGGAAAAGAAGAAGCUGGAAUUAGAGAUGUCUUUGAAAGGAGAUGGCGUUGUGAGCCAACUGAAAGCGAAAACUUCAUCUUUGGAAGAUUUACUGAGAGUCUCACGAAACACCAUUUCCAUAUUACAAACCAAGUUGACAGAGUCCCAACAGGAGUACCAAGAAAGCUUGGCUAGGAUGGAUGAAAGGUUAAAAACGUUCCAUCAAGCGGUCCUUGAAGCAAAUCCAAAUGCAGACAUCAGUGAAGCAGGCAGUCGAACUGGCUCGUUUGUUAUGACUAGAGAAGAGCUGAUUCGUGCCUAUGACCGGCUACGAGCUCAGGAUCGUCUAGAAGGACAAGAGUUUGAUGGCUAUGCAGGGGGCAGCAUCUUGUCUCCAAAUCACACUCAUCCUGAAACCAUCCCAACUGCUGUUGGCCUUUCUGAAGAAUUCAAGAAUUCCUUGACCAAUCAACUCCAUUCAAGUAUACCUGGAACGUUUGUUAUACCUGGGACUGCGCCAUUGAUUGGCUCGACUAGGAGAGGAAAAAGCUUUGAAAGGCGAGGUUCCAAACAAACGGAUGAGGAAGGCGGCUCAGAAGGAAAAUCCAAACUGCAAAGGAAAGAAGUUGGAAGACUCCCAAUGGAUCUCAAGCAACAAGUCGAGACAUUGCUUUCCAAAGGUGAAGUUCAAAUUGUGGAUGGUGACACUGAAGGCCGCCCAACAAGUGAUUUAGCUGCUGCUCUUCAACAAAAGCUAACAGGCAAAGGAUCUGAGAAUAUCGAUCUUACAACAUCCGACUCACCGGCAAUGAACAACACAGCUAUCCCCCCCCCUCCCCCGCCUCCCCCACCUCCGAUGCAGAGCUUCAAUGCAUCAAUGCCAACAUCGGUAGCCCCACCACCACCACCACCUCCUCCUCCUCCUCCUCCGGGUAAUUUCACUGUGCAAGCCGAUCAACCACCGCCUCCGCCUCCCCCUCCACCACCGCCUGGUGCUGUUGGUGCUAUGCCACCUCCCCCACCUCCACCACCACCUCCUCCACCAGGAUCCUUAGGUACUGGUGGGCCUCCCCCUCCGCCGCCACCUCCUCCGCCAGGUUCGUCCGGUUUCGCACCCCCUCCUCCCCCUCCACCGCCUGGUGCCUUCAAUAUGCCAAGGGCAGCCACUGCACCUAACAUCAAUACACGUAAAAUGAUGAUGAAUCAAUCCAAGGUUAAGACGAAAGCGCUGCAGUGGACAAAGAUGAACCAGAAUGUCCUUUCAAAGACGGUAUGGGGAAACAAAACCGUGGACGAACUUGCACUUGAAAAAGAGAUGAAGGAAAAGGGUAUAUUCGAUGUUGCGGAAGACUUGUUUGCACAAAAAGUGUUUGAACCCAAGAAGGUGGUCAAAAAAGAGAAGAAACCAGAAAUCUGUAUUAUUGACAACAAGAAGUCCUAUAAUAUCAACAUUGCUCUUCUUGCCAAACUCAAGCGUAUCUCCUUUGAUGAGGUUCGGAAUAAGAUCUUGGCGGUUGACUUUGAUUUCUGCUCGGAGAUUCUGCUUCGAAACAUGAUCAGCCUGGCGCCAACUCCAGAUGAAAUGGGAAAGCUGUCUGUUUUUGCAAGCUCGGCUAGUGAAGAAGAUUUAGACAGUCUGUCACCCGCUGACAAAUUUUGUUUGGAGAUGAUGAAGAUCGAUCGGUAUAAGGAACGUAUUCAAAACAUGCUGUUCAUGCGCAUAUUCCCAGAUAAGCAUGCUCAGCUUAGCGAGAACAUGCAAGCCGUUUCCAAUGCCUCUACAGAUUUGAAGAAUUCAAAGUGCUUCCAGGAGCUUCUGAACUUGAUCUUGAUGUUGGGCAAUUUCUUGAAUGGAACAGGUUAUCAAGGUGGAGCAUUUGGUAUCAAAAUCUCUAGUAUCAACAAGUUGGUGGAUACCAAGGGAUCCAAAGAUAAUACCACGUUACUUCACUUCUUGGUGGACAUUGUUGAAUCCAAAUUUCCUCGUAUUUAUGGCUUUUUUGACGAUUUAAAAGGCAUGGAUGCCGCAUGCAAAGUGACACUUUCGGAUUUGAUCAAAGAAUACAAUGAGCUGAGAUCUGGCUUGCAAAUGAUCUUGGAAGAGGUGAAAAGAUAUCAGUUGAAGAAAGAGAAGAAAUCGACACCUGACGAUCGUUAUUUCAUAUGCAUACAAGACUUUCAAGAAGAUGCUGUUAAGAAAUUUGAUGAGCUGGAAGUACGCUACACGUCUAUGGAUAUUGCAUACAAAGAUGUCGUUACAUUCUUUGGCGAAAACGCUUCUGAGAUGAAACCAGACGAGUUUUUCGGCAUCUUCAAAACGUUCACAUCUAGUUGGGAGAAGGCGAUGGGCGAUAACGUCAAUGCUAAAAAGAAACUCGAACAAAUUGAAAAGGCACGUCAGGUGGAAAAGGAGCGAAAGGAGAGGAUAUCUGAGAGAAAGAAAACCAAAGGAAUAGAUAUCAGCGAAGCCGGUGCUACAGGCAAGGAAGAUGAUGACAAGUAUCUCAUGGAUAACCUUCUAGACAAAUUGCGAGCUGGUGAUCUGGAUGCUGGAAACCGACGUAGAGGAAACCGUACUAAUAAACGGCGAGAUGGAAACAAACUGCCUCGCGCUGAAUCUGUGACCCAACUUGCUGAAGAUCUGCUAAAGGAUAUUCAAAGUGACGGUGCGACAACAGGCCAUGAUAGUAAGUCUGGAAAGUUGGAAACGUCUGCCUCUGCAAUGGCCGUAAAUAUGACCAGUGGAUAAACGUUCCCGCGGCUCUUAGCGAAAGAAAUUCUGCCGUUAUUCGGGAAGCAUACGAUGUCUUUUACAAUGUAAUUAUCUUACUAUAUAAAAAAAAAAAUCUUUCACACACA